AUGCGAACCGAAAAUGUGCUAACGCAGAAUUGUGACAUGCUGGACACAGUAGGCAACAAGUUGAACGAAAUUUUAAAAAACCUGGAAAAUGUUUUAGUCCAUCUGGACCCACUAAACAAUUAUGAAGCGAAGGAAGAUUCAAUGUUCUCCAAUUUGAAUGACGAACAAAACGAAAUUAUUAUUUUGUCCAACGUGAUAUAUGAUAAUAUUAACAAGCUUACAUCUAUGCUUCACGAUUUUAUUAAAACCAUACCCCCUUCGUACACAUACCACACGACUUUCCACUCAAACAGCUUUGUUAUUUUGAGGGAGAAUAGAAAGAAGGAGAAAAAAAGACAAGAUGCUAGGAUGGCAUUGGAUAAUGCUCAGAAAGGUACCAUGCCACGCGGUGAAACAACAGAGGCUCACGUAACGGAGACGCAACAUGAUGAUGGAAUAGUGAAAGACACCCAAUCGGAAAUUAAUAAAAACGAAGAUAUCGAUUCAAAGGAUCAACAAGGUACUACCGAAUUAGCCAGCCACUCUCCCCCCCCUUCUCAUAUAAAAUUUAUCGACAAAAGAAAGUUCAAACCGCUGCAGCUAUACAAAAAAAAACAGGUUGAUGAAUUUUUCUAUUUUUCUAACACAGUCGAUUUAGAGUAUGCUAAUUUGUUAUACAUGCAAAGGUAUGAACAGAAACUUCAAAAAUAUUUAAUUAAGUCGAGGUAG